AUGUCUUCAACCAAACUUGAACAUGUAAUUAUUGUAGGUGGGGGUCUUGGUGGUCUCGCGACUGCACUUAGUUUUCAUUAUUUAUUUCCUCGUCAUAAUAUAACAGCACCUCGAAUUACAAUCUACGAACGUGAAUCGACUGAAAGUGGUCGUAUUAAUGAAGGUUAUACAAUCGCAAUUCGAGGUGAUCAUGUUGGAGGUGGUGUCCAAGCAUUAAAAACAAUCAGUCAAGAUUUAUACAAUGAUAUUCGGAAUAUGGCUGCACCUGAACGUGAUAAAAAUAUAGCAAUACAGUUUAGUUUUGGUAUAAAUUGUGAUAUAAAUCCAAUGCUUAAAUUAAAUACAUCAGCAGAAGAAGAUUCAUUUCGUAUUGCACGUUUUAAAUUAAGAAAUAGACUAGUUGAAGAAUUAAAACAUUUUGGUGAAUCAAAAAUUAAAUUGGAAUGGAAUAGUCAUGUGAUUAAAGCUGAUUAUAAUAAAGAGAAAAAUAAAGUGGACGUGGAAUUAAAAGAUGGAAGAACAAAUGAAUGUGAUUUAUUGAUAGUUGCUGAUGGUGCUCACUCAUCUGUUCGUCGUUACAUGUAUCCUGAAGAAAAAUUAAAUUUUCAAAAAUGCAUCAGUUUAAGUUGUGUUACUACGAUUGAUGAUGGUGAGAGUUUGCCAAGUCCAAUAAGAACGAGUCCACUGGUUGGGAUAACUGGAAAAGGUAUUGGUAUCUUUAUGGCUACAAUUGAUGAAAAAUCAUUUUUCUGGGGUGUUAUCUAUCCAUCUAAUGAAGAGAGACCUCCACCAUAUAAAGGAAGUGUAAUGACAAAAGAUGAACAAGACGAAUUUGUUAAUGAAGUUUUAACUCGUACUAAUGGAUGUUUAAGCAAUGAAUUUCGUUCUUUCGUUCGAAAAUGUGAUCGAGAACGUAUACUUAUUCUUAACAGUCACGAUAAAUUUCCACACAAGAAUCCAAGUAAAAAACAUAUCAUUUUCAUUGGUGACGCACUUCAUCCAAUGAAUCCAACAUCAGGUAAUGGUGCAAAUAUGGCCAUUAUGGAUGCUGUAGAAUUCAUUCAAUUAUUAAUUAAACAUCAUGAAAAACAAGAUAAUUAUCUAAUUACUCGCUCAAUUGAUGAGUUUGAUCGUGAUCAUGUACAACGUAGUACUGAUGCAAUUAAAAUCAGUCAUCGGAAUAUGGCUUCUGCAGUAGCAACAGGCCUGAAAUUUCAACUUAAUAAAAUAAUUAUGAGAAUAGUUGCUUUUGCUAUAAACAAUCCAUUUCUGUUUAAAAAUAAUAACAAUCCACCACCAAUUAUUCAAUGGUCAUUUAAUGGUAAUCUUAAUGAUACGUUCGGUGUUUACAAUGGAAUAUCAACGAACGGCACUAUCCAAUAUGUAUCACCUAGCUACCGUGGGGAUGGAAUGGCUGUCUGCUUUGCUAACAAAAGUUAUGCUCUCAUUCCUUAUUCACUUAAGCUUAUUGGUACAAGUUUUACUAUCUCGACAUGGAUUCAAUUAUUAUCAAAUGUUCCAUUAAACUCAUCGGAAUUUGGAAUAUUUACUCAUUGUGAGAGCAUGACUAAUAAUAAAUGUCUAUAUAUGACAGUACGAUCUGGGAAACUUCUCUUUUCUUUUUAUAUCAAUAAUUUUACAGGAAAUUCUUCUCUUACAAACAAUAUUUGGUAUCAUGUAGCAUAUGUUUACGAUCGAGUUGCACUUACACAGAGUGUCUAUCUGAACGGACGACUCGAUGGAAUAUUUUCAUCUGCAGGUAUUCUUCAAAGUAAUGCAAGUCAAAUGUGGAUAGGUGCAUCACCUUAUACUUAUAUGUAUCCUAAUCCAUUUGCUUAUAUGGAUGAGAUGAUUUUUGUAUCUCGUGUUAAAAAUACAAGUGAAAUUCUUGAUGAAGCAACACUUGUAGCUUACUAUAAAUUUGACAAUUCAUUUCUUGAUUCAGGUCCGAAUAACAUAACAAAUAGUACUGGAACAAAUGUGCAAUUUAAUGCCACUGGGCGACUACUUUCUGUCAACAACAAUUGGUGGUCACCUAUGCUCGGCUUCGACAAUAGUAGCCAUCUUAUGACGCAGACAUGGAGUGGUGCAAUAUUCUAUAACGUAGCUUUGACGUCGUUUAUUGUGCCAUUGAAUAUAUGGACUCAUGUUGUAGCAACUUUUUCGACUACAAAUGGUCUUCGUCUUUUUAUUAAUGGAACAAUGGCUAACUCAACCAGUUCAACUCAUAGUCAUGCAGGCAGUGGAACAUGGAACAUCAUAUCUGUUGGUACAUGUACUCCAGCAGCAUGGUGUACAAAUGCAGAAACUCGAAUCAUUCCGAAACAAUUUCGAGGCAAAAUUGAUGAAAUGAGAAUUUAUUCAAGAGAAUUAACGGAUGUUGAGAUCCAAGCUUUAGCUAAUAUAUAG